AUGUAUGAGAUAGCAAGCAUCCGUGAAGAUGAUGAUCGAGAUUUGGAAAGACAAGUUCAGAUUAUGACUAAGUCACCCAUGAAGACAUUUGUGACCAAGGAAGGAGACACCAUUGAUUGCAUUGAAAUUGACAAGCAACCGGCACUUGAGCAUCCGCUGUUGAAAAAUCACCAAAUUCAGACAGAGCCGAAUGUAACCUUCAUUCGCUUUCGUACUCCUUCAAAUGUUAAAUUUGUACAGCUCGGAUUGAGAGAAUCUUGCGCUGUCGGAACCGUACCAAUUCCUCGAGUGAGAAAGGAAGACCUGAUAAGGGCAAAAUCAGUAGCCAAGAUGCCAUCCUCUGAGAGUCAGAAUGCUCUUUCUCAACAUGUAGUUUCUUGGAGGGACAAGAUGACAGAAAAUAUAAAAUAUGGAGGUUAUGGGAUAUCUAAUGUGUACAAUUUAACCUUAGCUAAUGACCAAGUCAGCUCACACAACAUUUGGAUUGAAACUGGUCCCGUGAAUCAUAUUAAUAUGAUUGUUGCUGGCUGGCAGGUUUCUCCACAACUAUAUGGCGAUACUCGUCCUCGGUUGUUUACAUAUUGGACGGGUAAUGGCCACCGUAAUGGAUGUUACAACAUGCUAUGUCCAGGUUUUGUUCAGGUUCAUAGGUCAAUAACUCCCGGCACCCUAAUCGACCCAUCUUCCAUCUAUGACGGACCUCAAUUUGAGGUUUUUAUCCAAAUCCAUCAGGAUCCAACCAGAAAGAAUUGGUGGCUCACCGUUGGUCCGCCAAACACUAUAAUUGGUUAUUGGCCGAGUGAACUGUUCUUGUAUUUACGCAAUGGUUCACUACAUACGGCUUGGGGAGGAGUGGGUCUAGCUGGGAGAGAUGGAGCUUGUCCUCCAAUGGGAAGUGGUCAUAAGCCUGAUGGUAAUUCUAGGCACGCCACGUACUUCCGAGAUCUUCUUUGGGUCGACGCGACCGGUCUUUUUCAUCGUCCUUCGACAAAAAUAGUCGUGUGGGUGGAUAAAUCCAAAGUCUAUGACUUGAAGAAAUAUGGCUACAGAAAACGACAAAUGGGGUAUUGGAUUAGUUUUGGCGGUCCGGGAGGCUACUGUGAGGGAGGGAUGGAUGGUGAGUGA